AUGGAAUCCAAUGCCCGUCGUGCGGCCGGCCUGAAAGAUAAAAUCCCCGAUAUUAAAAAGACUCUACAAAUGGUGCAAUUCUUAGAAACCAAGAAUAAAAAAGGCGACGAAGAGCCAAUCUCUACUAUGUUUGAACUCUCCGACACUCUUUAUGCGAAAGCCUCCGUAACCCCCCCUUCUGAAGUUUACCUCUGGCUAGGUGCCAACGUAAUGUUGGCAUAUCCUAACGAAGAAGCUAUUGCCAUGCUGAAACAAAAGUUGUCUGCUGCCCAAGAGUCCCUUCGCAAUUGCGAAGAGGACAUUGAUUUCCUAAGGCAGCAAAUAACAACUCUCGAGGUCAACACCAGCCGCAUGUACAAUUGGAAUAUCAGUUUACAGAGGAAGGAAAAGGAAAAGGGGGGAACAAAAUAG